CGCACGGCCGUGCUAGCGCGCUGUUCUCCAACAGAGACCACAUUACUUACUACACGCUAGAAGCACCUCCUCAAACCUCGGCUUUACUCGCAUCAAACGCCUGAUCCAUCGUGGAUUCCGAGGCGACGUCACAUCGCAUUUGGGGCACGUGAAUGUGAGAACAUUGGGACACUAUGGACAGACCUCUGUUGCAAGAUCAGCAUUGCGACACAAGCAGAAAGGUGCCUAAACAGAUACCGUUAAUCCGGUAUCUGGUCCCAUUUGUCGUAGCGACGUCAAUUGCACGAGGCGUUACAAUUGGUCCGCGGGUGGAAGUGUAUACAAAAGUUGCCUGCGAAAAGCAACAAGAGGACAGCAAUGCUUUGGCGUUCGCAAGCAUGAUAACGCCCUCCCAGGGCCCUAUUUCAACGUCCAUUGCUAGUCACCCAAUGGCAUCUAUCAGUUACUUCCAAGUGACACAGCAAUCUCAUCUGGAGCAAUCUCAGGACUGCAUUUCCGAUGCGGUAGUUCGCGCGAGGGCGGCAACGAUGCAAGCUGUGGCUCUGACAGCUGGUGGAAUUAUGAGCAUUUUAACGUCUGGUCUUUGGGGAAUUUAUGGAGAUGAACACGGACGAACUCGGGUCAUGACUACUUUGAUCAUUGGAUUCUGGAUAGGGGAUUUGAUGUUUGCUUUAGCGUCCAGCACUGGAUCCGGCGUGAGUCCGUUGAUAAAGAGUGUCCUAUUGGUGUCGGGGGCAGCGGUCGAGGGCCUAAUGGGCAGCUGGGCGACCUUUUUCGCUGUAAUGAACGCAUAUAUUUCGGAUUGUACAGAGCCAGAAAUCAGGGCGACAUUCUUCUCAAGGUUCCAAGGUCUUCACUUCGUUGGUAAUUCGUUGGGCCCAGCUAUCGGCUCUGUGGUCCUACGAGUUUUCAGGAUUCCAGGGCCCGCAAGGGUACCAACGAUUUUCUACCUCGCUUUGGCGACAAAUAUGAUCAAUCUCCUUUACGUACUCCUCAUACUUCCCGAAUCCGUCUCCAGUGAGGACCAAGAUUUCGCAAGGAAGCAGCGGGCGAAGGUGGAACGGCGGCAGGCUGUGACUAGUGAGAUAGCGGACACCUUAUUAAUACCCAAAAGAUUGUUCUGGAAGCUGAAACGUCAGUUGAGGGAGGUGCUUGCCCCUCUGGCAGUCCUUCUGCCAAGACGGAACGAUUAUUUGGACAUGAACGGAUCGGAAAGCUAUCCGAAUUUCGGCUCGAAGCCAUAUGCAUCAAUUUGGAGAUGGGACUUUGAUCUCACUUUUAUUGGGCUCGCUUUUUGGUGCAACUUCCUCAAUAUGGGCGUCUAUCCGAACAAGUAUUUGUAUGUUGAACAUAUCUUUAACUGGGAAACGGAAAAAAUCGGGUAUUAUGUCACUGUCUCAUCGGCUUUGCGCUCGUUAUGGCUUGUGGUUUUUUUGCCAACGAUCAUUCAGUUCUUAAAACCAGUACCGGGUCCACCCACUCAACCUGAACCUGUCUCCUCCCGAACAGGGGCAGCAGCCGUUGCCGCUCGUAGACGAAUAUACCUCCUCCCAACGAUCUACUUUGAUCUUCGAGUGGCAAAACUAUCUCUUCUAAUGGAUGUGAUGUCAUUCACACUCACCAGCAUCAUUUCUUCUGAAAUUUCAUUCAUCGUCACGUCUCUACUGAGCUGUUUUGGUGGCGGAAUGGCGCCCGCUACGCAGAGCGUGGCUCUCGCGUUGGUUGAUUAUGGAGUCCCCACCAAAUCACCCCCCUCGAAUGGCUCCAUACACGAUGAAUCCUCUUCGGAGACAGGUGAAUAUCAACAAAUCUCAGAAGAUCAAGAGGGACAAGAAAUACAGUGGGGCACGGAGGUGGUUGCUCCAGGUCAAUUUUUUGGCGCUAUUGGUGUCCUUCAGGCAUUGGGUCAGACAGUCCUUGGGCCGCUCAUCAUUGGUGAACUAUACGCUCUCACGGCCGGCUUCUUUCCGAGAAUGAUAUUUGUCGCGGGUGCCAUUUUACUUUCUUGUGCCUUCAUCUUCCUUAGUAUGGUGCGCCCGGCCAAAAUUCGGCCGCACGCUCUCGACGUCCCAGCCAAUCGAAGGCAGUGAUGACAUCACGGCUUGACACCAAUCCUCGAAUUCGUACGCGUACAUGCGCGUUACUCGCACAAUGUGUAGAAUCCGACCAGCAGAUAUAUAGUAACCACUCUGUAGGUGGAUAUGUAUCAGGUAACUGGGGUUGCCGAUAUGGGCUACAGAAAGAUGGCAGACUGGCAGUAAUCGAUAAAUCGAUAAAUAGUAGCGAAAUAAUCAUCUGUCUCUCCUUCCAGGCCAGCAGGAAAAUGAUUGUGCAUUAUUCCUUCAGCGAACCAUGGGUUAAGACAAAGUUGGAGUGCCUGACUUCCGCGUACAUCUCAGUCACUUCU